AUGGAUUUCGCCCCGUUUGGUGUUAACCCUCCUCACACUCACCCAAGGGCUAGUGAAGUCGUCCUGGUUUUGAAAGGUCGACUUGAAAUUGGGUUUGUUAUUUCCAACCCCGAAAAUCGUCUUAUCACAAAAGUGAUUGGUAAGGGUGAUGUGUUCGUGGUUCCAUUCGGUCUUAUCCGCUUCCAACGCAAUAUAAAAAAUGGUACCGUUGUUCUCUUUGUUGCUUUCAAUUGCCAGAACCCAGGUUUAAUUAUUACUGCGAAUUCAGUGUUUGAUUCAAAGCCGGAUAUUUCCAAUGAUGCUCUCCAGAAUGCUUUCCAAGUUGAUCAAAAUUUGAUUAGUCAACUCCAGACUAAGUUUUAG